AUGGACUUUCACCCGCUUCAGGCGCUGCCGACAGCGCCUCGCGCUACCUCGAGCAUCAACCCUCACUCGCGCCACUUCCACUCGUUCCGUCACCCGCUUUUCAUCAAGCAGAACGCUCCCGUCACCCACAUUCACUUCUCCCCGGCUCGCCCUCACCGGUAUGCCGUCACGUCCAGCACGCGAGUGCUCGUCUACGCUCCUAAGACUGGAAAGGUCGUGAAGACUGUGUCAAGAUUCAAGGACACGGCGCGAUGCGGAGAGUUCAGGAAGGACGGCAAGCUCAUGAGCCGUCCUGAGGACAUUCAAGGGACACAACCAGUCCUGUCGGGCUCAGACGACACGACAGUCCGGUUGUGGGACGUCUCGACUCAGGAGUGCCUCACUACUCUCGAAGGACACACCGACUACGUUCGCGCUGCUGUUUUCACCGCUCCCCACCUCAUUCUUUCCUCAUCUUACGACUCGACCAUCAAGCUCUGGGAUGUUCGUGCUCCUGCGCAGUCGAACUGCACCAUGACAAUGCGCCACGGAGGAGCACCCGUUGAGGAUGUCCUCGCCUUCCCGUCGGGAGGUGUCGCCAUGUCUGCCGGUGGACCGAUUCUGCGCGUUUGGGACCUGGCUAUGGGACGUUGCGUUCGUGCUCUGAGCAACCACCAGAAGACGAUCACCACCCUGGCCUUCGAUGGCUCGAAGGGCCGCGUUCUCACCGGUUCGCUCGACACCAUGGUCAAGGCGUACGAUGUCGAGGAGUGGAAGGUUGUUCACACCAUGCGUUACCCCGCCCCGAUUCUGUCGCUCGCUGUCUCGCCUGACGACACGCAUAUUGCUGCGGGUAUGUCGGACGGCACGCUCAGCGUUCGCCGCCGUGACGCCAAGGCGAAGGAGGUCGCCGAGGAGGAGGCGAAGCAGGCUGCCAUCGCCAACGGCGCCUACGAGUACUUUGCCGACAUGGAGGCUGUCUUUGGACGAGGCCAUGUCAAGGCGAAGGGUGCUGCCCUUGGACCCGUGAUUGGCCCCGCCGACGAGUUCCGUGUCGAGACCAGGAGGAAGGAGCGUCUCCGCGACUACGACAAGUACUUGAAGUCAUUCAAGUACUCCGCUGCCCUGGACGCGGCGCUGAAGAAGACCGUCCGACCCACGACGACGUUUGCGCUCAUCCUCGAGCUCGUUCAACGUGAUGCGCUCCGAAUCGCCCUUUCCGGCCGCGAUGACGUGACCCUUGAGCCGCUGCUCAGCUUCCUCACCCGUCAUGUCACCGACCCGCGAUUCGGCGAGGCAUGCGCCGACGUUGUUUCCGUUCUCCUCGACCUCUACUCGCCCCAGCUCGACCACUCCCCGCUGGUUGACGAGCUUCUCGCCAAGCUGAACGGUCGUGUUGAGCGUGAGCUUGCGUUCCAGCGCGAGCUUUUCAAGCUCCGCGGAGCGCUCGACAUGACUCUUGCUCAGGCCGCCAUGAGCCGGUUGCAGUCAUAA